AAAAAAAAAAAAAAAAACCUUAAACAAGAUUUGCGUUUGUUCGUUCUUGAAUCAACGUAGAUUGGUUUUAAGUUGGAAUCAUUUUCCGUUUUCACAAGGUGGUAUCAAGAAAUGGCUGAAAGUGAGAAUGUAGAUAAGGAGACAAGCUCAGCUGUUUCAAGCUGCGAGGAGUAUUUCCAAAAAGUUCAGUCGAGAAAGAAUCUUCCCAAAUCUCUUCAAGAAACCCUUAACUCUGCCUUCGCCGGAAUCCCUGUCUCCUCCUUCCCUCGAGUUCCCGGCGGCAGAGUGAUUGAGAUAACAUCCGAAACAUCUGUGUCCGUAGCAGUAAAGAUUCUUUCAGACAGCAAGAUACUCUCAGCUCCUGUAAUAAACAAAGAUCACGAGAGCUCCCUAGACUGGAAAGAGAGAUACCUAGGAAUCAUUGACUACUCCUCCAUCAUCCUAUGGGUUCUUGAGAGUGCACAACUUGCUGCUGUCGCAUUAUCCGCCACGUCAGCAACCGCUGCUGGUGUUGGCACAGGAGCCGUUGGAGCUUUAGGUGUUGCAGCGCUAGGUGCAACCGGUCCUGUUGCUGCAGCGGGGAUAGCUGCUGCUGCGGUUGGAGCUGCGGUUGCUGGUGGUGUCGCAGCUGACCGUGGGGUCGGGAAAGAUGCUUCAACGGCUGUUGAUAGUUUGGGGAAAGAUUUCUAUCAAGUCAUUCUACGUGAAGAGCCUUUCAAAUCAACCACUGUUAGAAAGAUAUUAAAGUCUUUUAGAUAUGCUCCUUUUGUUCCAGUGUCUACAGAGAGUUCCAUGUUGAGUGUUAUGUUACUACUCUCAAAAUACCGGUUAAGAAACGUCCCGGUUAUUAAACCAGGUGAACCAGAUAUCAAGAACUACAUCACUCAAUCAGCAGUUGUUUAUGGUCUUGAAGGCUGCAAAGGCAGAGAUUGGUUCGAUCACAUUUCAGCACUCCCCAUUUCUGAUCUCGGCCUCCCUUUCAUGUCACCCAGCGAGGUAAUUAGCAUAGACAGCGAAGAACAUAUUCUUGAAGCAUUCAAGCGGAUGAGAGACAACAACAUUGGUGGUCUUCCUGUUGUUGAAGGGACAAACAAAAAGAUCGUUGGAAACAUAAGCAUGAGAGACAUUAGAUAUCUGCUACUUCAACCUGAAGUCUUCUCCAAUUUCAGACAACUUACCGUGAGGAAUUUCACUACAAAGGUUGCUACGGCCGGAGAGGAAUACGGUUUAGCCAUUCCUGCGAUAACAUGUAGGCCUGAUUCGACUCUAGGCAGUGUUAUCAACAGUUUGGCUUCGAGGUCGGUGCAUCGAGUUUAUGUAGGGGAUGGAGAUGAGAAUGAGCUUUAUGGAGUUAUUACACUGAGAGAUGUGAUCUCUUGUUUUGUGUCAGAACCUCCCAACUACUUUGAGAACUGUCUUGGCUUCUCGGUUAAAGAAAUGCUUAAUCGAUGA